CUAUAUAGAGAGCUCAGUGAGCUGAUCAGAGAGAAAGCAUUCUGCCAGCCCAGCGCCUACAAAUCGCAGUCACUUCCUAACCUCCCCCUUUUUAACAUAUUUGAUCACUUUGAUUCUCUGUUCUCUCUCUUAUUAUUUUUACGCGCAUGAAGGAGGUUCUAUAGGUUGUGAUCUUUUUGUUAUAUUAUCGGUCCUGCUUGCCGGAGAGUUGACUUCAUAUUUGACUCGAGCAUAGGCUGCAACUGCGCGCGGCUGCUAGCGCUACCUCAUCUGAAGAAAAGGAAGAAGCAGCAAUAUUUUUUUGCCAGUUGUUCGUUUUCUUCAAGACUUUACGCUGGAACUUCUCGCGUGUCGCAAGUAUCUUUGAAAGCCGCGUGUUUCAGUGCGUCCGAACAUCGCUACACGCGUGAAGUUAUCUGUCCUGCUCGGUUCAUAUCUUCUUCCGCCGUGUUUAUUUUCCAUUUUUACCUUGAUGGGUUUACUGGAUGGAUGACUGCAAGUGCCCCUGGACUUGGCCUCUAAGAGCAAGGCUGCUAUUCGGCUCGUCUUUGCUUCAGUUUUAACCACAUGCCAGGUAACGCUAUUCCAGUCAAGAAAUAGACUACUGUUUGUCGUCGGUACGCAACUUUGAACGGACAUUCAGACUCUAACCGACCGUGCCGAUCCUGAAUUAUUUAUUUUAUCUUCCUAAGUGAGAAAGGCACCGUGCUUCGUUAUCAUUUGUUUUUGAAACAAAGCAUUCCGAAACCAAAAACGGGGAACAAAAAGUUUUUUUUAACGUUGACUGAUAGAUAUGGCAAUGGUAGUGUGGAGAGGCUCCCAGGACGAUGUGGCCGAGACCCAGGGCACCCUCUCAUCGCAAGCCCAAGGAGGACUAUCCCUUCCAACCCCUCAACCAGGCCAGCUGGGUCUGACGGCCUCUCAGGUUGCCCCUCCGACCCCUCAGACACCCGUUCAAGGACCCCCGAACAACAACACACAGUCCACCCCGACGAACCAGACGACGCAGAGUCAGUCGGAAAAGCAGCAGCCACAGCAUAUAGAGUGCGUGGUUUGCGGGGACAAAUCCAGCGGCAAACACUAUGGCCAGUUCACUUGCGAGGGCUGUAAAAGCUUUUUCAAACGGAGCGUACGAAGGAACCUCACUUACACAUGCCGUGCCAACAGGAAUUGUCCCAUUGACCAGCACCAUCGCAAUCAGUGUCAGUACUGCCGCCUCAAAAAAUGCCUCAAAGUUGGCAUGAGACGGGAAGUUUCUCUUUUUACUGCAGCCGUGCAAAGGGGACGGAUGCCACCCACACAGCCACACCAUGGUCAGUUCGCCUUGACAAAUGGGGACCCACUGCACUGCCAUUCCUACUUAUCCGGAUAUAUCUCUCUUCUACUACGAGCGGAGCCCUACCCAACUUCUCGGUAUGGCAGUCAAUGCAUGCAGCCCAACAACAUCAUGGGCAUCGAGAACAUUUGUGAACUGGCAGCCAGGAUGCUGUUUAGUGCGGUAGAGUGGGCCAGGAAUAUUCCCUUCUUCCCAGACCUCCAAAUUACCGACCAGGUUGCCCUUUUGAGGUUGACCUGGAGUGAGUUGUUUGUGCUCAACGCUGCUCAAUGCUCCAUGCCGCUCCAUGUGGCUCCACUUCUGGCGGCGGCUGGGCUCCAUGCCUCCCCCAUGUCUGCGGACAGAGUGGUCGCCUUUAUGGACCACAUUAGGAUCUUCCAAGAACAAGUAGAAAAGCUCAAAGCUUUGCACGUUGACUCUGCUGAAUACAGUUGUUUAAAGGCCAUCGUUUUAUUCACUUCAGAUGCCUGUGGCCUGUCAGAUGUGGCCCAUGUGGAAAGUUUGCAAGAGAAGUCCCAGUGCGCUCUGGAGGAGUACGUUCGGAGCCAGUAUCCCAACCAGCCAACUCGAUUUGGGAAGUUAUUACUGCGCUUGCCCUCUCUCCGUACAGUCUCGUCUUCGGUCAUAGAGCAAUUAUUUUUCGUCCGAUUGGUAGGUAAAACCCCAAUUGAAACCCUCAUCAGGGAUAUGUUGCUGUCGGGGAGCAGUUUUAACUGGCCUUACAUGUCGAUUCAGUAGGCAGAAGGAAUGAUCAAAGGGGCUGUGACUACAAUAGUUAGCGCUUCUUUUGUAGAAGGAAACGGCUGUUACACGAGUUUACUUUCACGAAGAAAGACUUUCAUACAAUGACUGUGAAUUUUAAAAUUGAGACAUUCAGUGAAGCCUCGAAAUCCAGAGAUUGCUCCCUGUGUCAUUCUGAACAGUUUGUUCUAAUGUUUUUUGUUUGUUUGUUUGUUGUUUUUGUAAAAAAUUAAAUAAAAUAAAUACAAAAAUGAAGAAAUACAUAACCCACUAAAAUUAAUACAGAAGAAAAAAGAAAAUAAUUCAAGGAUUUUCACAAUCCUUUCUGGACAGCAAAACUAUAAAGUGCAUUUAAGCGAUAAUUUGGAACGAUUAAGGAAGAAGAAAAAAAGUUCUUUUUCUAAAUUGCUAUAUUGUCCUGUGUCCAUGUAUCUAUAGCUGUUUUUUUGUAUUUUUUUUUUUUUUUUUUUUUUUUUUUUUUUUGUUUGUUUCUCCUUUCUGGUUCCAAACCGGCCUAUGUGAUUGUAGUAUGUUAUUUUUUUUAUUUUUAUUUUUUUGUUUUUUUUUUGUUUUUCUAAUAACCAUGACUUCUUCUAAAACAGUUCAGAAUGUAAAGACGUUCUUCGAGAAUUCGAGAAUUAAAACUAAAUCCACAGCAAUAUAGGCUAUGCUUACUAAUGCUGCAAGCGCACUUACUCUAUUGAUGUCCCUUAAUGAGCAAGAGUAGGGAUUAUUUUCAUAACCAACUCAAACUUAUAUCCACAAAAUGCCAGAGCACUAGUAAUGCACCAUUUCAUACCACUCUUCUGCCUGAGAUAGACACCCCCCAAAUCAUUAUAUCCCGAAAUGGAUGCAGGAGCAAAACUAUCGUUUAGUUAUAUGCGCCACAAAAGUGUUUGCAAACCGAUUUUUGAGAGUUAUGACCUGUCUCCAUUUUUUUUUUUUUUUUUUUUUUUUUAAAUAUUGGGAUUCGGGCAUGGCUGUAAUGCAAAUAGUAGAACAAAGUGUUUGAUUUUACAGUGAAAAGGAGACCCCCACUUAAUAUUGUCAAAUGUAUUAAGUUGCGCACAUCACGUGUUUUGCCACAGUAAACUGUAUUUUGAACGUGGGGGAAAUGAUGGGUCAUCAUUCUUUUAAUGAUAAAGCAGCAGUAUUAAUAAGACGUCCCUAUUAAUGUCCCUCAACACUUAAAGCAUUAAAGUGCCUGUACAGCGCAAAUGUGUUAUUAACGGUUACUGAAGUCUAUACACCAUGGGGGAACACGCUUAGAAUUUACAAAAUAAGUCUUAUAAUUGUUCAUUUCACUUGAGGGAAAAAAACACACAAGUAGAGGCAGUAUUCUUGUAAAUAUAGGUCAAUUCAUUUCAAGGACUUUUUCUUUAUACAACGUAUAUGUGAUUAAGAAUAAAACUGUGGUUGCCAAUUUUUUCGGUAAUACAAAUGUCUUCAAAUGAGUGACAGACUUAGCUAGUAGCACUGAAAGUUCUGGUUGUAAUGUACAUACAUAUAAAGACAAAUGUUUUUUUUUUUCUUCCUUUCUUUUUCAUGUAUUUAGACUGUGAAUGCAUGGCCACAGGUCGCUAACCUAUUUUACCUUUGAUAUAUAUAUAUAUAAAUGUAAAUGUUUUUGACUGUAUAGAUAUAAUCUGUGCAUUCAGUACACUAGCCCUUGUAUUUAAAAAGACAAAAAAAUGAAAAAAAAAAAAAAAACGUUCGACGAUAGGUUGACACUUAACAGGGUGAGCUGGUUUGGAAAGGGGUGGCUAUUUUGACUUGGUGUUCUGCUCCUUUUCGGUCUGUAACAGAUGCCUUGUGUGUGUAUGUGUGAAAGCUUGCAAUUUCGUCCUUGUUUUGAGGCUUUUCUUCAACACACAAGACACCAUGUUGUGAUUGGAUAAAAAGGGAUCAUAUUGUGUAGUUGAUUGAACAGUUAUUUGGGCUGUUCUCUGCCACAUAUGGACCAGUGAAUGAUACAUGAUUGUAAUUAUGAACAGUUUAAACUGACCCACGUUUUUAUAUAAAUAUAUAAAAUAUAUUACUGCAGGGUAUUGAUAACGUAUAGAUACUUUUUUAUUAUUAUUGAUUAUUAUUAAUUGCAAGUGAUAUACGUGAGUGUGUGUGGAAGUUUAUAGUUGAAAACAAUUCUUGUUUGUUUGUGUUAGCUUAUUGUAAACAAGCAUUCUGCUGUAAAUUUGUUCUUGGUAUUAAAUUAUAAUUUAUGAAUUUGAAAUCAAAAGGCUUUCAUUGUUGUGUUAUUCAUGAUUAGCGGACAAAUAUGUCUGUUCUAUCGGACAGUGAACUCAUGCUCUGUCUCAAAAUGCUGAAGGUUGGGUUUACGGAUGUGUGUUUCAGAGAGAGAGAGAGAGAGUGUGUGUGAGUGAGUGUGUGAGAGAGAGAGUGGGUUGGGGGUGCGAGGGUUUGGCAUGGGAAAUUGUCCAGGUUACAUCUACAUUUGGCUAUGUAAAUACACGUGCAAAGUGCUGCAGCUUCAAGUGUGAAAGUACGCUUUGAUUUGCCCUCUAACACUUUUUACACAUUCACCCAUCUAUGAUUAAAAAAAAAAUAAAAUAAGGAAAUUUCAAGUAUCAUGUCAUCCCUACUUACCAGGUAUAGAUGGUGUGUAUAUGCGCAGACGUUCUUGCUCAUUGCCUUGUUGGGUAUCACUUUCAAUUUAAAUACAUCAAAUCUUCUCAGAGCAGGUACUGACACGUCGGAACUGAAGUCGCGAUGAAAUGCAACAUUGGACGUUCAAUACAUGUCAAAUGAAAUGCCAUCUUGUUGUAAACGUGACAAAUGACAAAAUGCAGACCACUGUUUGUUCUACCUCGAAAGCAGUAUUUUAUGUGUCACAUUUAGGGCUAUCUGUUAGAGGACACCAAGCGUGUGAAGCUAUCCUGUAAACUGCGCCUUCAACUUGGUGUCCUAUUAGUUGAGUCAAUAUGGCGUCUUGCAAUCCAACGCAAGCUAUACGGCUCCCCGGAGCAAAGCGGUGUCUUGUAAUUGAAACCACAUUGCUGGGAGAAAAGGCCCCCUCAAUCGACACCGAGGGCCCAAAAAAAAAAAAAAAAAAAAAAAAAGCUUCAGACAGCAACCGUGUUAAAGUUUUUGUCAGGAGUCCAAGAGUCCUAAAAUCCAGAGAUAGGCUUAAUAUUUUCAUAGCCAAUGUAAUUAAAACGUAUUUUUCUUUUUACGUAUGGUUAUAGCACGAUUUAACAAGACCAUCGCUAACUCGUUAGUUUCUCCCAGAUCUCGUUUUGCAAAUUCUACUACUUGGGUAUAGCUUCGAGAAAAUAAAAGGUAACAUCCUGACCCCAAAUACACCUAUGUUAUAUAUUAUUGUUUUGAUAUUGGAUCAGACAAUCUGAUGAUAGGCUAAAGUAACUUAUAUGGCUGAGUAACCAAUGUGACGCACAAUAAUGGUAUGCUAAUCAGACCACUACCACCAUUGCUUUUUUUCAACUGCGUAAUAAUAGUAACAUAAUGAUAAUUAUAACAAGCUUUAUAUUAUUUAUAUUCCAUGUAAAUACUAUUUAUUUAUUUAACUACUUAAAAAAAAUACCUUAAACUGAUCGGGAAGGCAAGAGCUAUAUAGCGUAAUCCUGGUAAGUUUGUUUGUUUCGGGGCUAUUGGUAAAGGCCUGUUUAGAUGACCGGAAAUGAUUGAUGGAUGUUUGUUAUUGUUUUAAACGUGGCCCAGGAUGUGUGUUUGAUGAGAGCGCUAAUGCAUGUAGCAGAGGAAGGCUUGUAAUUAUGACACAGUGAUGAGACCUAUUAACUACUCGAGAUACUAUUAGUAGUUGGCAUUACGUGCUUUAAAAAACUAAUUCCAGUAAGUCUGUGCAACAAAUUCCACCGUGCACAAACUUCAUAGAUCUUGUGUUGUAUAUUUUGUCAAAGAGGAAUUGACAGUUUCUUCGCUUUAAAUGCUCGUUUUGCUUUGAUAGGCUUACCAGAGCAGGUUAGUAGUAAUUUGGAUCAUGGCUUCACAGGCUUGAUUUUAGUUGACAGAGCGUGUGUUGAGGCUGAACUCUAUAAUUUGCACUUCUGUUCUUUUAUUAGCGUCGGACAACGAACUAAUGAGGUCUCCCUCAGUACAAUGUCACUUUUAUUUAUUUCUUCGUGGAAAAAGUACUAUGGGAUAUGGCUGGCUAACCAAGCCAACAACAAAUGAUUCCUAACCGCUUCUCCAUUGAUUCUGUAUAAUAUUCUAUAUGUCUAUAGCAGACAUUUAAAACUAAAAGAGUAAAACACGUCGACAUUCUUGCAGGUGCCAGGGCAAAAGUGCCUUCGUUGUUUUUUAAAGGCAUUAUUGUUUGAUGAUGUAGACGCGGCAAAACUGCAUGAGGAAUCGUUAGGCCUACUAUUUAAAUGUAAGGUGUUUGCAGUCUCGAAGGAUUGAAAUCGUCUCUUACCGUCACCCAACAUCCUCUACAUUGCUGAUGUUGCUAAAAUAAUUGAAUAUAGUGUGAUUUUAAAAGCUAGCACAUAAUUAUCUGGCUUAACACUGGUACGGUUGCUAAUAACACUGUUUGUCUCGGAGGUUUUCAACUUAAUUUCAAAAUGACCUCUCAGACCUUUCCUAAGCCUUACUAUGACAUCAAGCUAUGUGGAUGUGGUUUUGACGAAUCGGUCAUAUAUCUCUUAGACUCCUUAGCAAAAGUCAUCAUAGCUUUGAGAUAGGCUAUCAUAUGCUCGCUUGUGUUGUUCUUAUGAUGAGCUCGACGAGGGAAGAGCCAGCAAUUGGUUUCCAUAGCGACCUCCAAAGAGCAGCGAUAAUAAGCAAAGCAUAGACCCCCCACUCCCUUAGAAAAAAAGAAAGAAGACAAUUUAACGUCUGUGUUGUUCUUUCACCUCACUCGAGUAUCAACAUAUUUCUGUUUCAUUAUAUUUAUUGCCCCUCGUAAGAUUUGGUGAAUAUAGAGAGGACCUGUCCAUAAUUUUAGCCCUCAUAUUUAUAUCAGUUUAUAUGAGGAAAAACUCGUCACGACUCACGACCUUAGUGUUUUGGCUUUUCAAAUAAUGAGGUACUUUGGAGAACUUUUGUUUGACGUCAUCUAUAUUUUUUUUGGCGGCAAAUUGCGUGGAAUGUUCUGUAACGGGGCAGUUUGACAACAAUCUAAUGUGGCCUUGUCUAGCACAGAAGCGAAUUUAUUUCCCUUUAACAACUGUUUUAAGUAAACACUUGCAUAUUCUCUAUAUUAAUAACCAUUGUUUAUUUUAACAAAACCGCAAUAUGAAUAACUGGGUCAGGAUGCCUUGUCUUUUAAUUUUUUCAAAGCUAAAAUGGAGCAAUAAAAAUAUUCGUAUUGGUUACUUAAAACUUAACAGGCUUCAUUGCGAUAUAUAUGCAUUUUAAAAAUUAUUUUAUUUAUUUAUUUAUUUAUUUUGCCUGUCAGUCUGUCUGUGUUAUUUUGAAUAAAGUGCUUUAAAAUAGACUUGCUGCUCUCAGCUCGGUGGGUUCCUCUCUCUAAAUGUUAGAAAAUUGUGCCAUCUACCCGCUAUUCACAGAACUGUCACUUCCAGGACCUCCCGAGACCUUGAGCCAACUUUAACACAAAGGGAGAGACUGAGGGGGUUGGUGAGAUGCUUCGAAGUGUAGUCUGUUCUCUGGGUUAAAACAGGCAUUAAAUGAAUAACAUCACAGAUUUUAUUUUUGAUAUAGCCUAUUAUUUUAGUAUAACUUGCAACGUACCAAAGUUAGGGGAGGGAUUGCAUCACUAGCCUACAUAGACUAUACAAACCAUUUGACAUCCCAUCCACAAUAUGUGGAAUUUUUAUUUUAUUUUAUUUAUUCCCCCCCCCCCCCCCCCCCCCUAAAAUUUCUCUGUUGUUGCAUUAAUACAAUAUUAAGUCAUAUCCUUGAGGGUGAAGAAUGACUAUUUUUAUCAUUACCAAGUUAGAUCACAACAUAACCUUAUGAACUAACGCAGAAGACAUUGAAAGUAUAAAACACCAACAAAAUAAUGCUGAUACAAUAACCGUUGGUGUCACUCAUGACGUUUAUACUAUUUCCGUUUUAUCAGAGGUACUUAUUUUUCUUUAAUUAAAGUCUAUGGUAGCCUAAAGUUUUUUUCUCUUCUAUCGGUUUGUUGGGAGCAGAGGAGCAGGUCACAUUCUGAUCUUUAGCACAGUUUCAAAUGGACGGGUUAAUUCUUGUUUAAUUCAUUAGCAUUCCCAGUGCACGGGUUCCUCUCAGACAUCUGUCUAGUAUACCACACGUGUUUACAAUGACUUUCAUUCACUGUUUCUUGAGGAAAAACACGGAUCCUGUGCGUUCUACGUUUGGUUACUCUCUUGCGUUAAACAUUCAGCUAUAGAUAUUUACAUGAACGGUGUGUAUUAACCUCGGAAUAUUUGGUCCCCCUCGUAAGUGAAAUACGCCUACCAUCGAAAGGGACAACAAAGGUUAACAUUAAAGUUUAGAAAAACGAAAGUAAAAAAAAGUAAAGUAAUAACUGCACCAAUGCACAUAGUGCUAAGGGACACAUUUUACUCUAGGCUAUUGUUUGACUUUUCCCGCCCUAUAUAUAUAUUUAAAUUGUAGGCUACCGUUUUUGCGUUGACAAGGUAGAUUCAAUUGUUAAUAUUCUGAAUGGACUAGGCAAUUUGACUAACAUCUUGAAACGAAUGCUAUAUCUCCUUUAAUUUUGAGUCCAGUCGCAAGAUUUAGGCUAUUCUUUGUUUAAAGCGCCCAUAUGUAGCAACGCUCCAAGUCGAUAACAUCCUAUUAUUUUUCCGGCUGAGAAAUGCCUGAAUUUAAAGACAUAGACAUUGCGGUAAAAGGAAAACGCGAUUAACGUCAACAAAAUUUGAUACCUGUGUAAAGCGGCCUUCUACUAACUGCACACGCAGUGUCUGCCGCUAGAGUUAAACGCUGGUGAACUCAGUCAGUGCGUCUCAGUCAGUGAACCAAUAGGAGAAGAGAGAGAGAUCUAAAGCGCAAAACUGAGGAUAGUCAUACUACCAUCUAAACUAAUAUACACAACUUGGAUUUUGGCUUGAACUAAGUAGGACUAGUGAAUAAUUGAUAAUAAUCAUUUAAUUACGUUUUACAGUUUGUCAAAGGUGUUGUCUUGGACGGUAUAAUUGAUAAAUCCAUUUAUAUUUGUAACCACAAGUACUUUAUGUAAAAUCUCAUUUGCUGAUGAAUGCACAUUUUUAUGGGAAGCGUUCGAAAAUGGCAGUCUGAUUUGUUAAAUGUUUGAUUAAGAUGUAGGGUCAGUUUAGAAUACUGUCUUAACGUGUAAUUUUCCACUGGCUAUAGUUAUGAAGGACAACAACAAUAGUAAUAAUAAUAGUAAUGAUGAUAACAAUAAUAACAAUUAUUAUUAUUAUUAUUAUUAUUGGUGGUGAGUUAUUGAUGUUAUGAGAACAUUUUCAUUAUUGAUAGUUGCAUAUUUCAGAGUGUAUGCUACUUUUUUUGUAAUAUUUAGAUGUUAAUGGUCUCAGUAUUAUUAACCCUCUAAACACGAGAAUAACAAGUGUAAAUUCAUGUUGCCUGUAUAACAUAUUAAGAUCUUUGUGUCUAUUGAACAAACACCAAUUUACAAAAAGAAUUCUCCCCUAUAGUUUUUGACAACAAAUGUGCUCUUAACAACAAAAAAAAAAAAAAGAUGAAAAGCGUUUGUGAUCAGACAAAGCGUGAAAUCAUCAUAGAAUAAAAUAUAGCCUACUAGUCUGAAAUGACGUUAUGAUUUUAUAAUUGCAUUUUUUUUUUUUUUUUUUUGCAUAUAAACACAAGUAACACAUAAACGGGAUCAUACACACAAUACCUCUCACAUACACGUGCACUUUUAGAUAAGAGCAAGGUAACUCAACCGUUAAAUUAUAAUUGCAAUUUAAUAAUAUAAUAAUAAAAUAAAACAUGUUCCAACGCAAUGCAAAUAUAAAAUCCUCUCAAACAGCAGUGUAAAAAACACCGAGCGACUUAGGCCUUGGGUAUCUUUGUCCUCGACUCCUGGCCGUUAUUCUUUCUUUUCGAUCUCUCCGUCAAGAAUCAUGCCACUCUUUGGGAACUACUAAGUACAGUUUAAAAAUCAAAUGCACUCUGCAGUGAGCCCGAUAAGUUGGUUAUUAUAUAUAUAUUAAAACAAUAGAGCACCCGCACGCAUAAGAAUUUCCCCUGUACUAUUUUUGUGCGACAGCAUCAGUUUGAGAUGAACACCUAAACAUCUGAACACUGAGAGCACAGUGAUAGCCUACUUAGAAAGACACAGACUCCGACACCCGCGCCAUCGCUUUCAUGAUAGCGGGCGAUGUCAGUUCUGGAGACACAUGCUCCCUGUUUCUUUUUUCAAGAUCAUUAGCGGCCCCCUCCAGCUACAAUCCUUGCAUGGAUUGAACAAUAAGACACGGGUGCAUUAAAUUCUCAAGCACUGCUGCCAGUCAUGCUGAGAGAGGUAAGCAUGUUGUCGACUUCAGUAUGGGGACGCUUAAAGAAAGAAAAUACAGUUCUAUAGUGUAGGGCAAAAUUGAAGGGAAAAUAUAAAUGUAUUUAAGGAAUAAUAAACACUAGCUUUUAUUAAUUUAGAGAGCAAAAUCUGAAAAUCUGAAAAGUGACGUUGGAACUGCGUUUCGUUUUGCAAUGCACAUCAAAAACACAAGCAACAGACAGAGAUCUCCCGGUUAAUCAGAAAUGUUUUAGACUGAGGGUGCUGUUUUACAUUUAAAAGCAAGAUGGCGCUGUUUUGUUCAUCUGUCAAACGAGAGGUUCCUUUAGUACCCACUGGCUUUAUCACACAUGUCGAAGUUAUCAGUCUUUUUCAUUGGUUCAUGUUGACAUAUUACACAAAUUAUCAAAAGUUUAUAUCAAGUAAAAUAUCAUGAAUUAUUUUUUUAUUUUUCUUGUCCUUUUUGUGAGGCAUGCGUUUAACUUUGAGCUUGAAAAUUAAGAUGAUCGUGUACCAUGAAUAAAAAAAAAAAUCUGUAAAUUUGGUAAAGAUAUUCUGUAAUUUGUUAUCUGUAAUUGAUUAUUAAGAUAUAAAAAUGUACUUAAGAAUGAAAUACUGUAAACCUGUACUAUAUAUGCUUAGUUAAAGACCAUUUAUAAGCUUAAAGACUCUUUUGCCUUCCUUUCAAAUUCAUGUACUUUUAUAUUCAUUUAUUAAUUUACUGCAAAUGCGGUUUAUAUUUUUCUUUUGUUACUGACGUUAUGUUGUUCAAACUUCUGCAGUUUUCCAUGUGUUUGCGAAUUCAGAUAACUUGAUGUUUAUUGUUGCAUGUUUGCUUAAAAAAAUACAAUGAUUUGUGGGAUUGAGGAGAAGGAAUGCAUGCUGUUUAUUAUAGUGAUAUAAUAAACAGAAUCAUAAGUGACAA